CGCUUUUGACAAGUAAUAAUACUAACGUUCAUUAUUUAAUUUAUUAGCAAUUUUUAACACUCGAAAAAUUAUGUAAAAUUUUGUUAUUUCAGAAAAAUGGGUCUUUCUUGUGUGUACAACAGUUUCAACUCAAAGUUAUUUACAGCAGCCGUGAGGCAUUUACGUAGGCAACCGAUUGCUGAUAUAAUACCAAAUCGAACUGUUAUUGGACACAUUAAACAUCCUUCUAGCUGUCGAUUGCUUUCAUCGGAGGCAAAGCCGGCUGAACAUUGCAAUGUUGGGACAAUAGGACACGUUGAUCAUGGGAAAACAACUUUAACGGCCGCCAUCACAAAGGUACUGUCGAAGGACGGGCACACAAAUUACGUCUCCUAUGAGCAGAUUGACCGAGCUCCAGAGGAAAAGGCACGAGGAAUUACGAUCAAUGCGGCGCAUAUUGGUUACAGUACCAAGAAGAGACAUUACGCCCACACUGAUUGUCCAGGACAUGCCGAUUAUGUUAAAAACAUGAUAUCCGGAGCAUCACAAAUGGACGGUGCAAUACUAGUAGUAGCGGCGACGGACGGACAAAUGCCUCAAACGAGAGAGCAUUUACUACUAGCGCGACAAGUUGGAGUUGAAAAAAUUGUUGUAUUCAUCAACAAGGCCGAUCAGGCGGAUGAAGAAGUGAUUGAAUUGGUUGAAAUAGAGUUACGAGAGCUGUUGAGCGAUUUCGGGUUCGAUGGCAUCAAUAGUCCGGUGGUGGUCGGUUCUGCACUUCUUGCUCUACAAGGAGAUCAGUCAGCGAUGGGAGAACCAUCGAUACAACGGCUUUUGGAUACUAUUGAUAAUUACUUUCCUAUUCCCUCGAGAGAUUUUGUGUCCCCCUUCCUGUUACCCAUUGAUAAUGCUUUUACGGUACCUGGAAGAGGAACAGUUGUUGUGGGAACCCUCGCGAAAGGAACUCUACGCAAAAAUGACGAGGCAGAACUGCUAGGAUUUGAUGAACAUAUUAAAACUACUAUCGGUGGACUUCAAGUAUUCCAAAAAGAUGUCGGCAGCGCAAAAGCUGGUGACAAUAUUGGCGCCUUGCUGAGAAAUGUCAAAAUCUCCACAGUACAACGAGGUAUGCUUCUUUGUGCUGCUGGAAGUGCACGCAUUUCAAAUCAUUUUGAUGGCACUAUGUACCUGCUGGCGAAAAACGAAGGCGGUCGCUCGAAACCACUGACAUCAAAGUAUAUUCAACAAUUGUUCAGCAAAACGUGGAAUGUGCCAUGCAGGGUGGAUCUUGUCGGUCAAGAAAUGCUUUUGCCAGGAGAUCAUGGAGCAAUCAGGCUAACUUUACUGCGAAAAAUGGUCAUGACUUGCGGACAGACCUUUACGAUUCGAGAGAAUGGUAAAACGGUUGCUACCGGAAUAGUUACGAAUGUUUUAGAUUCGGUAGAUCUGCCACAAAAGAAGCUAAUCAAGCUGCACCUGGACGGGUUAUGAACUGUCGGAAAACGAGUCAUUAAUUAAAUGAAGAUAGGUUAUACAAAUUAA